CCCCCACAUGUGAGUGCGGCUUGGGGACUCGCCGGGCGGCGGGGGAGAGGGGCGGCUGCCGGGCUCCAGCUUCCCCAGGGUAGCCCCCCAGGGAGAUGAAAUUGGGUUAAUACCCUGUCCUGAAGCCAGGUAUAACCGAAGCCCUAUAGUCCUGGUAGAAAACAAGCUUGGUGUGGAGAGUUGGUGUGUCAAGCUUCUUUUGCCAUAUGUCCACAACAAACUCCUCCUCUAUAGACAAAGAAAGCAAUGGCUGAACAAAGAUGGGAGGCUCCCUUCUCCAUUGUUUUAACAGAAAGAAAAUACAAAAAGUGCCUGGUGCGAGAUGGUCUGCAAAAUUUUUCAGAAUUGAUAGAUAUCACGUGUACGCUGCUGCUACUAAACCCAGACUUCACCACUGCAUGGAAUGUAAGGAAAGAACUAAUAUUAUCUGGCACUUUAAGUCCAGUUAAGGAUUUACAUCUUGGAAAAUUGGCAUUAACUAAGUUUCCGAAGAGUCCAGAAACAUGGAUUCACAGACGAUGGGUGCUGCAACAACUAAUUCAGGAAAACUCCUUGCCAACUCUUGUAACUAAAGGGAACUUGGGAACAGUGCCUGUGGAAAGAAUUCAACGAUUAGUGCAGGAGGAAAUAGAUGUCUGUUGUGAAGCUGCUGGGAGAUAUCCAAGCAACUACAAUGCCUGGUCCCACCGUAUCUGGAUUUUACAGCAUUUGGGAAAGCUGGAUGUCAAGAUUCUUCUUGAUGAACUUUCUUCCACUAAACAUUGGGUGUCCAUGCAUGUUUCAGACCAUAGUGGAUUCCACUACCGUCAGUUCUUAAUAAAGUCCUUGAUUGGCAGAACUGCGACUGACAAUUCUAUACUGGUGCAAAAUCAGCUGGUAAAUGAGCCAAUCCCCAGUCUUCCAAAGGAUGAAAAAAAUGAAGCGUCUGAAGCUGCUUGUACAGAAGAACUGAGGGUAGAUCUCCUCAAUCUUCUCAAGGAAGAGUUGGAGCUUUGCACUGAUCUUAUUGAUACCUUCCCUGGACAUGAAACACUGUGGUGUCACAGACGGCAUGUGUUCUACCUUCAGCACCAUUUAAACAACAAACUUCCUCUUCCAAAUGUACAGUUGACAUCUGUGGACAGCAGUGAUGGAACUUUGAAUAAUUCACACUCCAGUACAGCAGUCAGUCAUGUGACUCAUGCCAUGGAUGUUGAUGGUUUAAAUGAUUCAAGCAAACAAGGCUAUACUCAAGAAACCAAACGCCUGAAGCGUGCCCCUAUACAGGACUCUCUUGGCUUGGAAAUGGAAUACAGGUUAAUUGAUAACAUUUUAGCAACUUGCAGAGACGUAGAGCAGGCCAGGUUUGCUACUGAAUACAGGAAAUGGCUAGUUACUUUUCUAGGUCAGUGAAGGAAGUUUACAACCUUCAGGUUCCUCUGUUAGUGCAAUAUUCUCUUAUCAAACACAUGUAUGUUUUGGUUGCAACUGUUGGCUACCCAUGUGCUUCUCACCUUUUUGUGGUCAGUGCUAAAAUUCAUAUACAAAGUAAUAAUAUUUCAUUUUAUUUAUUAAAAAAAUCUGGCAUAGCUUUUUAAGCAAAUGUAGUUUUGCUUUUUUUUCUUUA